GUGAUUUUAACCGUGACGCGGGCUUGUCGCCUUCUGGUCCGCUAAGCUGCUCACCGUGAUAAGUACCGGACGGGUCAGGGGCAGUCAGAGCCUGUUCGUCAACUCUUGCUCGGUGAGGACGUCGAUAGGACAGCGGGGACUCUUCCUUCACACACACCGACACCGUUUGUAAAUGCCUGCAGACACACAAAAGAUGAUGAUGACGGCCUCUCCGUGGGACCGCUGGUACUCCACGCGCUGCUGCCUGUGUUGCCAUGUCCGCACGGGAACCAUCAUCCUGGGGGUCUGGUACAUGCUCAUCAAUGCUGUGGUAUUACUCAUCCUGCUCACUGCGCUCAGCGAUCCUGAGCAGUACCACUUGACCAGUGCCGAGCUGGCUAAUGACCUGGAUGUCAUGGAUGAUGCCAACAUGUGCAUCGCCUCAGCGAUCUCUCUGCUGAUGAUACUUAUCUGUGGGAUGGCAACAUAUGGUGCCUACAAGUUACGUCCUGCCUGGAUCAUCCCUUUUUUCUGCUACCAAAUAUUUGACUUUGCCCUCAACACCUUGGUGGCUGUCAGCAUCGUAGUUUACCCAAACACCAUUCAGGAUUACCUGCAGCAACUGCCUGAGAACUUUCCCUACAAAGAGGAAGUCGCUGCUCUCAGUAACGUGUGCUUGGUCGCCAUCGUGCUGCUCUUCAUCGGCUGUAUUCUCAGCUUUAAGGCAUACCUGAUAGCAUGCGUGUGGAACUGCUACAGGUAUGUGAGCGGACGGGGUAGUUCUGAAAUCCUGCUGUACGUUACGACCAAUGACACCACUGUGCUGUUACCUCCUUAUGAUGACAGUGUCAGUGUCCCUCCCAAGCAGGCUCCUCCACCUUACACUACUGUUACAGCAUGAAAACAUUCCCGGGAUCCUGCUGACUGCUGUUGAUAAAAGAUCAGCAGAAUUGAUGCACCACACUGCCUCUCCAGUGUACAGUAUAUUUCUGGAUAUAUUGUAGCUACACACACAUUACCGUUCUCUUAAUGCAUUUAGACGCAUGUGUACAAAAACACCUUGGACAGAUAUACAGACACACACCACCGUGACCUCUCGUCCCUUCCUGUUAUUUACUUAUUCUUAUGUAUUUCUCUCCUGUAGCUCUCUGUGUAUCUCUGUCUCUUAGUAUUCAUCCAGAAACGAUGUGCACUUUUAUGCAUUUGAAGCGAAACAAGACAAAAGCACUAGAAAGUUCGAUAGAUGAUAUAUAUUUUUAUUAAUUCUAUUUAUGCUCUCUGUGUCUGUAAUUGUAUUCUGUGGGUCCUACCUUUUCAAAACAUAUUUAACUUGUGCAGAAAUGCAAAAACCCCCAAACAAAAACAAACGUGUUUCCUGUUUGUCUUGUCUGAGCUCGUGAUCAGGGUUGGAUUGCCUUCAUUCAUAGCUUUCUCUCUCAUGAGGUGCACUUCAUGGAGCCACGUGUGAAGUGUCACCUUGACGGGAAGUUUCCCAAAGAAAUGCACCUGCCUGUGUUCUGACAUGAUCAAGGAGCAACCUAGUGUAUAUCAAACAUAUCAGCUUAUUCUACCACAGACAUAAUCACGGUCUCGUGUUCUAGAAAUCAGGAGUGUUGAUUUGUGCUGACUGAUAUUCAUAACUUUUUAAUGUAAUUGUGUCUUUCUACUGAUUGAUGAUAAAUGUCUUGGAUUGCUGUUUAUCUAGAAUCACUGAUCUGGAAUCAGUUUGCUAUUUGAAGUCACUAUAAGUUGGUUGCUGGACAGGGGACUCGGAACCCAAUAAAUAUGGACUCUGGUUGUGUUUUUUCAAUUAAGCCUAAUGGGAGCUUUCUUGUCUGUGUAAACAUUACACAAGUCUGUUCCACCAGAUGGAGUUACUGGCAAGCCACUCGUCCCUGGACACAAAAUGUCCUGCAAGGACUCAGAUGUUAAACCUGCUGUAUGGAAAACAAAGAUGUGACAUAUAUUUAUCUAUUAAAAUCCAAUUUCACUGAUGAA